UCCCGUAGACCGGAAGUGCGUCACCAGCGGCCACCCGGAAGCGGCGGCGGAGGCGGGCGGCAGCGGCGGCGGCUGCGGCAGCGCCGGGCCCGCUGAAUCUGAUGCCCAGAGUGAGCCCUUUCCGGCUGCAAAGAUGGUGAUAAACGUCUGCCUCCCCCAGUUCAAGCCCCGAAUUCACUGCAACAAGAUUUCUGCCGAUGGUUACGAAGUGGAGAACCUGAUCUCUGAGGACCUCGCCAGGAGGAACCGUGGCUUCCGCAGCGAGUACUUCAUCAAACCCCCCGUCCACGUCACCAUCUCCUUCCCCUUCAACGUUGAGAUCUGCAGGAUCAACGUCGACAUCUCCUCCGGAGGCUACCAGACCUUCUCCGGCCUCGAAGUUUACACCUCUACCUCGUGCAAUAAAAGCUCCGAGGGGCAUUUCUCAGCUCUGGCCGGUCAGCCCCUGUCGGAUAAAGACACUUUCACGCUGGUGGGCAAAGCAGUCUUAAAAAAUCAAAGCAAAGUGACGUUUGGGCACCGGGGCUUCAAGCCGAGGCCUCCUUUCCACCAGCUGGAGACCGUGGGCUCCUACCCGGGCUCCGUCUCGCAAGAGCUGUGGAACAAAGGCCCCUCCUCGCUCAGCAACGUCUCGCACCUCAAGCUCUGCAUCACCCACGUGGCCGGGGGCGGGCUGCCUUGCAUCAAGAGGCUGGAGGUGUGGGGGCAGCCCGCCAAGUCCUGCCCGCAGGAGGUGAUCGAGGGGGUUUUUCAGGUGGCCUCGCAGUGCCUCGCCCAGGAUGGGGGCGGCGGUGGCAGCGGUGGUGGCCUCAAACCCGAGCUCUGGACGCCGAUGGAGAGCGACUGCGUGCCCUUGGGCAGCAGCGACGGCGAGCGGCAGGCGCUCCGCAAGCUGGUGGACGUGGUGCAGGACAUCCCCGAAGAAUUCCUGGACCCCAUCACCCUGGAGAUCAUGACUUUCCCCGUGCUCCUGCCCUCCGGGAAGGUGAUCGACCAGAGCACCUUGGAGAAAUGCAACCGGAGCGAGGCGGCUUGGGGCAGGGUGCCCAGCGACCCUUUCACCGGCGUGGCUUUCAGCCAGCACUCGCAGCCCCUGCCUCACCCCACCCUCAAAGCCAGGAUCGAUCAUUUCCUCCUCCAGCACAGCAUCCCCGGCACCAACCUGCUGGGCAGGGCGCACGCCCCCGAGAUGCUCGUCCCUUCCUGCGUGACCGCGGCUUCUCUGAAGAGGAAAUUGGACUGCCUGGAGCCCAGCCCCGCGCCGCCGCCCUAUUUCUCCUCCACAAACUCGCUCCUCACGCCUACCUCAGAGAACAGUGCGAAAAAAAUGAAAGGGGACACUGAGUCGCACCUGAUCCACAUGGACUGCUCGACAGAUGCGAUCCCCCACGAGCAAAAACUCUCGGAGAGCCUGGACAUGGCCUUGACCUCAGCGCUCAGCUCCAUGCCGUCCUUCACGGCCAAGCUGCUGAAGGGGCAGCAGGGCGAGGGGGGCUGCAGCACCUCGUGGAACGCCACCUCCGGCCUCGAGCAUGGAAGGAGCGGCCAGAGCCAGGGGUGCGCCUCCUGCGGCAAAACCUUCUCGCCCUACUUCAAGACGGAGCCCGUUUACCAGCUCCCCUGCGGCCACCUCCUGUGCCGCCCCUGCUUGGCCGAGAAGCAGAAAGCCCCGGCCGUGGCGUGCGGGAGCUGCAAGCGCUCGGUGGCCACGCAGGACGUCAGGAGGGUUCACUUCUAACCCGCCGGGAGGGCGAGAAAGCGAGGAGCUGCUGCUGCUGCUCAACACGAGGACGACGGCCUUUGGAGAGCCUGCGCUCAGCCUGGCGUCGCCGAGAGGAUUCGGGGCUCCUCGUGCUCACAGAAUUGUAGCUGGGGGGGGGUCAGAGCAGCGCGCCGAGGGUAACAAAAGCCAUAAUAGCUUCUUUAACGAGGAACUUGUAUUUAGACAGAGCCGACCGCCGCCCUCCCCGCGGCUCAGCCGGUAGCGUAGGUGCCUUUCGGGCAGGGAGUUUUCGCUUCCCGGGGAGUUAAAAACUGUUUAAACACUCGGUGAGCUGAGUCCUCGUGGUGGCUCACGUGGCUCGCCGCCUCCCCCUGCUCGUAGGGACCCCUUGUAGAAAAGCCAUCGCAUUCCACCCGCCGCCUCUCGGGCCCCGUGGCGUGGCCGGCAGACAUUUACGCCUUAAUAAAACCAUGGCUCACGGCA